AUGUCGUCGCCUAAGCCUUCCGCCGGCGUAGAGGAGCCGGUCGCUCAGUCGCCGAAGCCAGAGUCACCCAAACGCGACGGCGCGUCCGAACCUGCGGAGGAGACUUCUGAUCGCGAAUCCGGAGAGGCUUCUGAGUCGCCAAAAGACCACAACAACGAUGCCGAUGAGGAUGCGCCACCUCUGCCAAACGAAUCGACACCGGAUGGACCACCUUUGCCUAGCGAACCUUUGCCUUCUGGACCGCCGCUGCCUGCGGAGCCUGCGCCGCAACAAGAGGACGAUGGUUGGGAUUGUCAGUGGGACCCAAACACACAGGCUUGGUUCUUUGUGAAUCGCUUCACUGGUCAGUCUCAGUGGGAUAACCCGCGAGUUGCCACAAGCGCUGCCGCACCGGCCGCUCCAGGUGUUCCCCAACCCCCAGCAUCAGAGAAACCUGCAGCUGGAGGUUACAACCCAGCCAUUCACGGCGACUACGACCCGAAUGCCUGGUACGCUCAAGGCAACAGCCAAGAUGACCAAACCGCAACCACCAGCGCCUCCAUCGACCCUGCCGAGAUAUACGCCUCAACAGCUACGUUUAAUCGCUUCACUGGCCAGUUCCAAACAGCAGGCGAAGGACCUGAGCGCCACACCGACGAGGCCAAGUCUAAGCGCCAGAUGAACGCCUUCUUUGACGUUGAGGCUGCAGCCAAUUCCCACGACGGUCGCAGCUUAAAGGCCGAGCGUUCAGGGAAGAAGCCUUCCAAGACAGAGCUCAAGCAGUUCAAGGAAAAGAGACGAGCGCGCAAGGAGGAGAAGCGUCGCGCUUGGUUGCGAGACUAA